UCUAGCCUCGUGGGAGGACCUGCAAACAGUUGAUUUGACCAGUGGGAUCAACAAAACAAACUGCCCUCGGUCACCUUCCUUGGCCUUUUUGUUUGUAAGAGAGAAGCCCAAAUAUAACAGGAAAACCACAAUCUUGACAACCUGAAGUCAAAGAGCUGUGUCGCACACUGCAGAGGUGGUGACUGGACUGAUAGAGCAGUUAGAUGGAACAAAAUGGCUCGCCUCAAAGCUCUCCUCAUCACAGUCAUUAAAGUUCUUUUCUGUUUGAUGCAAGAGUCAAAGACUGAAGGAAAUAUUCCAAAACCCAAAAUAACACAAACUCCUGCUGUAAAUGUGAUAUAUACAACUGAGAAAAUGACACUUGAGUGCAGUGUCCAAGGGGACUCUUCAGGACUUGAGUACAUCUGGCAGAAAGGAGAUGAGCGUCUCCCCGACUCCCCCACCUACAUUAUUCCGUCUGCUGACCAGUCACAUAGUGGAGACUACCGGUGCAAAGUAAAGAAAGGCAACAAUACUUCAGAUCUCAGUGAUACACUGUCCUUAUCAGUUGCUGAUGGCAGACCGAAACCCCAGUUGACAAAGGAACCUGCGUCUGUCAGUGUGUUCUACACAAAAGACAGUGUCACCCUUAAGUGCAGUAUUACAGAAGAUUCAGAGGGAUGGACCUAUUUGUGGUAUAAAGGCCAAGACAAAAAACACAUUCCCAACUCUGGGUCUAAGAGCCAGCACACCCUUUCCUCUGUGGUACCAGCUGAUGGUGGACCAUACUGGUGUCAAGUCGAGAGAGCCGGAUUCAAAUCUGAUCAUAGUGAUUCUUUGCCAUUAGUGAUCAAGGAGUUGCCUCAAACAACACUGGUCAUGCAGACCAAAUGGACCAAAGUCUUCCCCACUGAGGUCGUCAAAAUGGAGUGUGACAUUCAGCCUCCUUCUCCAGACUGGAUUUGUAAAUAUUACAAAAAUGGCCAGGUGUAUCAAACCAGUGACUGCAUGCUUAAUCUUCAGUUUGCAAACACUGGUGACUCUGGAGACUACAAAUGCAUUGGAACCCUCCGCUCUUUGCAAACCCAACCCAGCAACCCCAUUGGAGUUCAUGUUUAUGGGGGCAGACCGAAACCCCAAUUGACACAGGAACCUGCGUCUGUCAGUGUGUUCUAUACAAAUGAAAGUGUCACCCUUAAGUGCAAUAUCACAGAAGAUUCAGAGGGAUGGACCUAUCUGUGGUAUAAAGGCCAAGACAAAAAACACAUUCUCAACACUGGGUCUAAGAGCCAGCUCACCCUUUCCUCUGUGGCACCAGCUGAUGGUGGAUCAUACUGGUGUCAAGCCGAGAGAUCCGGAUUCAAAUCUGAACAUAGUGAUUUUUUGUCAUUAGUGAUCAAGGAUUUUCCUCAAACAAAACUGGUCAUGCAGACCAAAUGGACCAAAUUCUUCCCCUCUGAGGUUGUGAACAUGAAAUGUGACAUUAUGCCUCCUUCUCCAGACUGGAUUUGUAAGUAUUACAGAGAUGACCAGGAUUUACAAACCAGUGACUGCAUGCUUAACCUUCAGUCUGUAAACACUGGAGACUCUGGAGUCUACAAAUGCAUUGGAACCCUCCGCUCUUUGGAAACCCAACACAGCAACCCCAUAAAAGUUCACGUUUAUGGCCAUCCGCCAACGCUCUUGUUGUCAGUGGAUCCCACUGAGCCACCAAUUUACACAAAAGAAAAUGUCACACUAACUUGCGGUGUUACGGAGGAGCAAGAAGGAUGGACAUAUAUGUGGUAUAAAGGCAGUGACCAAAAAACUCCAGUCUCCAGUGAGAGAGUGUUUACAAUACCAUCUGUUCAACGAUCUCAUAAUGGAGAAUACAAGUGUCAGGUUAAAAGAGAGAAUUUCUCCUCUGGAUACAGUGACUCACAUGGAUUGACAAUUGAAGAGCCACCUGUACCAACAUUGGAGCGGCUGUCUAAUUGGGCUAAAGUUUUCCCCACUGAGAAAGUGAGCAUGAAGUGCAAUGGUAUUCCAACUUCACCAGGAUGGACUUUUAAAUGGUACAGAACACAACAUCUGCUCCGUGGUAAAAAUAAAAAUACCGAUACACUUUUAAUGGACUCUGUUGUGCUUGAAGACACUGGAGAAUACACUUGCCAAGGAGUCCAUAAACGACAAUUGGAAACUGUAGUCAGUAACAGUAUUUCCAUCCAUGUUUAUGACAAUAAGGCUGUGCCUACCUUGAGUCAACAACAAAAUGACACCUCAGUUUAUGUGGAAGAACAAGUGACCUUCAUGUGUGAAGUGAAGAUUGAUUCUACAGACUGGGAAUAUCAGUGGUUCCAAAAUAGUCCUCAAGAGAAAAUCCGAGACGUUGACCCAAGAAAUGCGACUUACACGAUCCAAUCUGCUUCUGUGAAAGAUCAUGGUUCAUUUUGGUGUAAAACUAAGAGAGGGGCGUAUGUGUCAGAACUUAGCACAACUAUAGAAAUAAAGAUUUUAGCUCGUCCUACAACGGUGGUGAACCUGGAGACUGGGUGGGCAGACAUCCUCUCUGUGGACAGCUUGACAUUAUUGUGUGAGGUAGAUAAUACAAGCGUCACAUGGAACUACACAUGGUACAAAGAAGACGAGGAGAUGGCAAAUGAGACACAAAAAGCUCUUCAUAUCAAAGCCACCAAGGAAAACUACCGGAGUAAAUAUAGCUGCAGAGGGAUCCGAUCCGACCGCCCAACAUAUUCCAUGCGCAGUGAAGCUUUUAUAGCAAACAACAUUGUUCUCAAAAGGCAAAUCCUUCUGGCCAUUUCGGGUUGCUUGGUUGUUGGCAUAGUCCUCAUUGUUCUGGGCUGUAUAUAUUUUAAAUUCACCCGGAAGCCAGAAGAAGAAAGCAAACCUGAACCAGACCUGUUUUUUACCUUUGCUGAACUUAAGAAGCGUGCAGAUAUAGGUUCGGAAACAGAAUUGUGCCUAGCGGAAACAGUUGAUAAUAAACCUCUAACAGCAGAAAAAACUGAAGAUCCUCCAGUUCUUUCUGAUGAGUUGCUGAAAGAAGCAAAAGAAAGUCAAAACAAAGAGGAAACAGAUGGAUUAUUAAAAUCAUUUAAAGGCUUGUGACCAUACCCUACCCUGUGGAUUUGUCAACAUCACAUCCCAUAUGUUGUCUAAUGCUCUAUGGCAAAGAUAUACAGGUAUACUGGAUGUUACCUGAAAAUGACUAUAUUUCAAUGGCAGCUCAAAUACAACAGGCCUUAAAUCAUCAGGACUACAUCUUUUCAAGGUCUUAUAUUCCUGCACUUAGAUCUAAUUUUGCUGUAUUUAUCUUUGAGUAUUGAGUAAUAUGUUGUACUGAUUUAUUAUAUAACAGAUUUAAUACCUGUAUGACAUCUGUUUAUUUAGGCCUAUUUUUGUUAAGCUGUUGUGAUUUAUUUGGGCUCUAAAGCUCUGGUGCUGGUGUGUAUAUUUUUGGUAUAUUAAUAUAAUAAUAUGCCAAUGUAUAUACCAUAUAUACAGUAUGGUAUAAAUACUGCCUGCCAUACAUAUCUGUGUAUAUUUAACAGGUGUGUCAUGAAGUAAAUGGUCUUCUUUUUCUUCUUUUGAGAUUUGACGUAUAUUAAGAUGUAACUUAUUGGAGAAAGGGGUCAUACUGCAUAUUUUAACAAUAUUAGGUUAAUUAGAAAAAAAGGAAUACAGAUCAUUUGGAGUGUGCUAUCUUGUGGGCCACUCAAAAUCUACUCUUGCAAUCAAAAUGGUAACAACAUAAAUCCCCUUUUUUUAGAGCCCAUGGUUCUGUUUUUAUGUGUUCAUAUACUGUACAUAUAGAGGUUACAUCAGAUGUUUUUUUGACAUGUCAAAUGCUGCAGCCUAUAUACAGUUUUAAAGAGCAGCCAUAGAAUGUAAUACAGUGCGAGUUCUAGUUUUUAAAUAGAUUUUCUUUUCUUGUAAGUUUUGUGCAAUCAGACAUUACAUCAGACAUUCACAAGUGUUUUGACUUUGCUGAGCAUGUCAAUUCAAUUUAUUGUUGUUUAUUUUAUGGUGGACAUGUUAUGUUUAGUUCAAAUGAAGUGUCAUUUUUUUACUUAAUAAACUUAAAGGCACUCUAAGCGA